UGGGAAUGGCGUUAGAGAAAUAAAAGGCGAAAAGGAAGGGCAAAAUGAAGGAAAGAGAAAAAUUAAUAUCGAAUGGAAAGGCGGUCACAUGCGGUAUCUUCCAGCUUGCCGGCCCAGGUCGGGUAUUAGCCAUAAGCGGCGUCGUCUCAUCUCAUUGACUGCCAAGUCUCACUCGCCGGUUACAAAUUUCCUCGUUUUCUUUUUAUUUCUCAAUAUCUCUUCCUCUUUGCCCAAGCCUUAUAAGAAGUCUGCUAAAUUUCCACACACAGUGGACUGUUUGAGAACUUUGACGCUAGCAGUGAUGUCAGGGAAAGCUCUUAGAGAUCUCAAUAAUAUACCUGGAUCAGAGAGGAAGAAUGAAAGCUCCAGUAAGGGAAGCAUUACCAAGCCUUUGGUUGGAAAUGCCAAUGAAGAAUGGCAGAAGAAGUCUUUGGUUUCACCUGCUGUUAACGGCGGUGAAAUUUCAAAUCCUGUGGCGGAGACUGUAAAUUCAGAAAUAGAAUACAUUGAAUCUGAGAACUUGAAUGACUUAGAAGAUGUUGAUUCAAGUCUCAAGACGCUAUUAGCUGGAUUAGACUCUAAAGAUUGGGUUCUAGUGUGUGAUGCACUCAAUAAUGUACGUCGAUUAUCAAUAUUCCACAAGGAAGAAAUGCUCAGUAUACUGGGGGAUGUGAUCUCACUAGUGGUCAAGUCACUGAAGAAUCCAAGAAGUGCUGUUUGUAAGACUGCAAUUAUGACAUCUGCAGACAUUUUCAACGCUUACAAUGAUCUCAUUAUUGAAUCACUGGACCCUCUGCUAGUUCAACUACUUCUCAAGUCUUCACAAGACAAGCGAUUUGUAUGUGAGGCUGCUGAGAGAGCUUUAGUAGCAAUGACAACCUGGGUGUCCCCCAUACUCUUGUUGCCAAAGUUGCAACCAUAUCUAAAAAAUAGAAAUCCUAGAAUCCGAGCAAAGGCAUCAAUGUGUUUUUGUCGAAGUGUUCCACGACUGGGUGUUGAAGGGAUUAAAACGUAUGGGAUUGACAAAUUAAUCCAGACAGCUGCAUCCCAACUCAGUGACCAGCUUCCUGAAUCCAGGGAGGCUGCUAGAGGCCUUCUUCUGGAAUUGCAAACUGUUUAUCAGAAAUCUCACGAUCUCUCAUCAAUGGUGGUAUCUGAGAGUCCAGAAACGGGCUCAUGGGAGACCUUUUGUCAAUCGAAACUCUCCCCUCUCAGUGCGCAAGCUGUUUUACGUGUGACCAAUAUAUCUCGGCAGGGCAUUACAAUUGGUUCUUGACACAGGCUAUAUGUAAAAAUACGUAUGAGCUUUUUAAGUAGUACUGUGCCCAUUUACGUCAUAUAUGAGCUUUAGCAAGCAUAGUCUAUAUCUGCCCUCUAUUUCGUUUGAUUCAUCAAUUUCUAUUUCCAUUUCUUUGUAAAUACUAUGAAACAUUGAGAUGUUUGGAAUUGCAGUUGAAGCACGUAGCUGAGUUAGAAAUUAUGAUAUGUUUCAUAAUAUUGUUUUA